AUGCAUCAGGAGUUUCCAACAACUCAUAGUGUUAAAGUUAUUGAUUUUGACAAAGCGGUAAUACUUGAGUUGAUAUCGACAUCACAAUAAAAUCCCUGAAUUUCAGGUAUCCGAAGAUGAGAAGAAACGUUUGAAAAAUACAGAAGCUGCUCGAAAAUGCAGAGAGAAAAUCAAGACGAGACUGAAUGACUUGGAAGAGGUAGGAAAUUGUUUUGUAUCCAGUAACCGAUUGGAUAUUUGUUUUUCAAAGACUGAGCAUACUAUAGUUUGAUGUUUCAAUACUUGCAUACGCUACAGUAGCCCUGUGAGUGACACAGAAAAAUAGUAAACUAGAUGAAGAAAAGUACUAGAUAUGAAAAUUUCAGAAAGACAUUUAGUUUGUGUUCUUCAGCUGUUUUAUUCAUUCAUUCUUCUCUGAAAAACCUCAUAUUUUCUAGACAUUGAAUACAACAACUGCCGUGAACGACGCGAAGAAUCAGCAUAGAAUUCGAUUUUUGUCACAGGUCAGUCAUGUAAUCUGCUCUUUUUGCCUAACAUCUUCAAAACGGUUUGAAAUGACAAAUAUGAAGAUAAAUCACAAGAAACAAUGUGAUGUUUUUGUUUAUUGUCAUGAAGAGAAAAUUAUGCUUCUAUCAUGCGGUUUCUUGAGACUGGCACCGUUUCUUUUACAUCUUGUGACCUGAAACUCUCUCUAAAAAGCCGGAAGUUAUCAAAGUUGUGUCUUUAUCACUGUUAGACAUAUUGCGUCAAAACCCCAAAAUGGAGAGAAGAAAAGUAUUUGAAAAGGAUGGUUGCAUUCUGAUAACAGUACUGUAAUUAGUUAGAGGAGAAGAAAAGUUCUGAUUGGUACUGUGGGCGGAGAGGAAGAAUUGAGCGCUUGUUACAGAUUGGAGAACAGAUGAGGAUGCUCGAUGUGUUAAAGAAACGGAAUCCGGCGUUGGGGCCAACGAUUGACCUGCAGGUUAGAGAGAUUGUGGACGGCUACAAACAUGCUGUGACAGUGAAGAGGAAAGCAAUCGCCGAACAUUUUUCUCAUAUUUCCAAACCUUAUUAG